AUGGACAUUCUUACACUUACAGUUCCUCUUACAUGUCUCUCCAUUGGUCUUGGCAUCACGGCUCUGGUCCUGCCAAAAUGGAAUUGCGGCGGCUUCUUCACCACUUGCGCCUUCACCCUCAUUCACCUCAUCAUCAUGGCGCUCAUCGUUGGUGGUAUGGCUCUCAUCUCGAUCAUCUUUUUCGUCGAUAUUUGCAGUGCAUGCAAUCCCAAGUGGUUGCCUGGACCGGUCUGCGUUUCUUUCAAGAUAAUCCUUUUUGCUCUUGGAGCGGCAAGCCUAAUGGCUGGAAAUCUGCUUUACGCGUUAUUCUGUUUUGCGAUCGGCCUAUGUGUUGCGAGUCUGGUGGUGCCCUACUGGAAUUGCGGGGGUUUCUUCACCACCUGCGUCUUUACAAUCAUCCACCUUGUGGUGAUGGGUCUGCUUUUGGGUGGACUGGCGCUUUUCGCUUUAGUCUUUUUACUGGACCUUUUCAAGACCUGCCGAAAUACCUGGGUUCCAGGUCCAGUGUGUAAUACAUGCAAAAUCCUCCUAUCCGCAGUGGGUGCCGGUUGCCUCCUUGCGGGAAACCUCCUCUAUGCUGCUGUAUACAUCAAAUCCACAUCCUACGUAAUGUCCUUCGCUGGAUCCAUCAUCGCCGUUCACGUGGUUUUGCUAUCCCUACUCUCCAGCCGAUGUCUACAAGGUCACUAA